GGGCAUCGUAGGGGAGCACAGGCCCGAGGGCUGCAGGCACCGAGUCACGUUUGAAGUGUUUUAAAAAAACCAAACAGCUGAGCAGGAGAAGCGUGUGCCGGCUGUGCUGAUGCUCGAGGUGUCCGGUUCAGUGCAGAAGUCAGCACAAAGCACAGCAAGGGCGGAGAGUGGUGGGAGAGUGAUGAGUGCUCAGCUCAGGGUUCGGAGGGGAAUGGCGUGGAGCUGGAAUGGGAGAAAAUAAUGACAAAGUUUAGGCAGGCAGUCAGGACAAUUUCUGAUCCAGGCCUGGUUCACUUCCGUGCAAACUUAGCAUGUUGUUUGGGUUAACUGUAAUUCCUGUAACCUUCCCCAAGAAAAGGUUUCUUAUUAAAUCGUGUUGCUUGUCUUGUAUGAGGUUGUGGCCAUUUCUCUCAAAAAUACCCAAUUCUAACAGAUUGUAAUGUUGGUGCAUGAGAUAUCCCCAAGUAAACUCCUGGUCUUGGGUGUUGAUCUCAUUUGCUUAAGGCUUUGUUGAUUUACAACAGAUAAGAUACUUAAAAUAUCCAGAGGGUAAGAGUAGCAUUUGUUAGUAGCGUUACAUAUUUCAUGUGGUAAUAUUUUGUAAACCUUUACUGGGAUAAAUGGAAGGGAUCUCCUUGCUGACUGGACAACGCCAAGGAAAGUUAAAAUAUUCCAUCCAUGGGCAUAUCAAGCCAUUCUGUGCAACUUUUCAAAAGGCUUUCCAGCUCCUGUGGAACCCUGUGUUUUCUUGCCUAAAUCUCAGAACAGAAUAAACAUUUCAUUACAGUUACUGAAAAAUGUUAGAAUACAGAAUUUCUCUCUGUAAAAUAUAUAGGUUAAAGAUGGAGGUCACAUUUUUAAAAAACAAAAAGCUUGGGAAACUGAACCGUACAUGGGGGUCCUUACUCUGUGAAAAUAUGACUGGAGAGUCAGGAAUUGUGCAGCGUAUCCCUUCGUGAAGAAACUGUGUCAAAAUAGAUCUGCUUAGAAAUAGAUUCUCUUUCUCUGCAAUCAGAGGGAGUUCAGCUGAUUUUGGUGGCAAAGAAAACUUUUCAUUUAUUUGCCCUUCAGGUAGUCCUGAAAAGUCAAUAGUGAUACAAGAGCUGAAUUGGUGUCGGGCUGGUGGCAAGGACAGACUCCCCUGUCAGUGACAUCUACAACACCCAAGGAAAAACCCACAGUGGCAUUGCAUAAGUAUUGAGGAAACUUUUAAAGUCCAGUAACAGAAUUUGUGGUGGCAGCCCUCGAGCAGGGAGGAGCAGGUGGGAACUGCUGAGGAUGCACUGACCCUGGGCUUGGUUUGGGGGGAGUUACCUCUGAACUGGGUGAAUUUGGCAGGCACAGGCAGCCACGAGCUUGAAUUCAUAUCAGUGAACUGUACCCUGGUCACAGGCAUUGCUCUUUAGCCACAGCUUUUAAGCAGACCCAGGGCAUCAAAGCUCAGAGUUUUUAUGCAGGUAGCAAGUGAAGCAUCCCAUAGGCAUUUUGGCAAAACGUGGUCUGGACACGUGUAGAUAUUCAGCUAUGUAUGUAGGACACAAGGAGCGGGAAUGAAGCUCUAUCAGGGAAGUUCAGGUUGGACAUCAGCAAAAGGUUCUUCCCCCAGAGGGUGGGUGGCACUGCCCAGGCUCCCCAGGGCAGUGGGCACGGCCCCAGGGCUGCCAGAGCUCCAGGAGCAUCUGGACGAUGCUCUUGGUCCUGUGGUUCCAGUGUCAGGUGCUCCUGAGAGAAGCAGAGUUAGACCUGAUGAUCCUCAUGUGUCCCUUCCAAGCUGAGAUACUCUGUAAUUAUAGCAUAUCUCCAAGAUUCCUCUUGGUAACUUCCCUGGGAUUUGGAUAGGCUGUGGAUACUCCCAGGAGCAUUAAUGUUCAGUGAAAACAUGGCAUUGGAAUACUGUGUUUAAUGGUCAUUAAAGACAUUAUAUAUAGAAUUUGCACGUGAUACAAGGAGAUUUACAUGUGACAGAUAUUAUGGAGUGUGGAAAUAAGCAAGUCUGCUCUUUAAAGAGGAUUUAUUUUAAUUUCGGGCCAUCAUAGCUGAAUGAUGCAAAGCUGUUACGGGGAUGGCCCUUUCUUAGGCCUUUAAUGAAGCUACUUUUUAGAUCUAUAGAUGAUGGCUGUUGAAGAGAAAUUAAUAAAAGAUUCUAGCCCUUCCAGCCAAUAAUUUCAUAGUGAUAAUUUGAUUACAUGGACAUUUAAGUUUUUGAUCCAGUCAGAAUGCUUUCAGAAAUACCAAAACUUAGAAAGGAAAGCUUGAAAAAGCCACCUCCUUGUAGUGCAAACAGACCAUUAAUCUGCAUAAAUGAAAAAUUGUUAUGGAGAUCACUUUAAAAAAGAAAAGGAAAUACUGUGAUCUCUAGCAUUAAGAGCAAGCCAAUAUCAAGGACUCUUUAGUGAUUAAAAAUCAAUUGAAUUCUAAGAUCUAGGCUUAAAUCUGCAGUGAGAUUGCAAUUGAACCUUGUUUGUGAAAAUACCGUAUAAUUUCACAAGUUUUCCAAGAUCUUCCCUCAUCCGUAGAGAAGACUUCCCUUUGCCCAGCACUGACAGGGUUAUUCCGUGUCUCAUUUGUAGCCAAGCUCUGCUUAUUCCCGUUCCCUUUGCCGUGGUCCAGGGGGCCCUGAGCAGAGCAGAGCUGUGGGGAAGGGGUUUGGCCUCCAGCCCUUCCUCUGACAGGGCAUGGAACUCAUUUUGGCAAAGGCCCUGACUGAGCAGUGUGGGAGAGGAACAGACUGACAGAACACCCCGAUCACCUAAGCUUGGGAUCUUCAGGAAAUCAGAAUUAAGUGAUGUUCAUCGUGUCCAAAGGGGGUUGAGUAAGCACAGUGACUUAGAUUAGUUGUAGAGAAUGCCUUGGGAUUAGGUAACUGAAAGUUAUUGUAAAGUAAUCUUACAACUUCCAUCAUCUAUAAAUGGUGCAGCUUUUGAGGAAGGUUUUGAGGUUUCACCUAUCUUCCCUUCCACCCCACCUUCCAAUUUCAUCACAUAUUCUGUUCUAAAAUGAGAAAAUCAUGGUUACUCCACUCCAUUGCACCCAUUUCUGCAAUGGGAAAAUACUGCUGUAUUAGAAACACAAAAUUACUCAGUUGUGCUGCUUUUUACCAUUACAUAAUGUCUGAACUUCGGCUUGUCCCUUUCUCAGUUUGUCAUCUGAAGCUUUGCUUCUGAUACUAAUACUGUAAAACUUCCAGUAACUUCACUGUGUAAUGAUCUUUGAAGUAGCAACUGCCAUGUCUUUUCAGACUGUUUGCCUUGUGUGUUUGACCAGUUUCUGUAUCAGCCACUUCUUUGGGAUAUUUUUUGCAGGGUGCUUCAACUCUGACAGGGAAGAGAAGCCCUGUGUGUGUGUAGAGAUAGAGAGCACGUCUGCCAGAGUGAGCAGACCAAGGUUAAUUGUUCUAACAGAGUGUACUGCCUGUUAAAAACAAAAUCCACGGGGUUUCUGGUUUACCUCCUUGCUCUCCUUGUGUUUGCUUAGUUUAGAGCGCUGGAGCAAUUUGUUCUUCGAGAGGACAGCCCUGAAAUACAUUGUUUCUGACAAGGAGCAAGAAUCUAUUAAACAUUUGGCUUAUGCUUUUUGCAGAAGUUGACAUAGUAAUUAGGAGAUGUGAGAUUGUUUUCCUGACACGCUGGGGGGCGAGAAUGGCAGGAGAGCUGGCAGCUCAACAGAGUAUGGAGAUUCCUCCCUCUAUGGCUGCUUGAAGUUUGGGGAGUCAAGAGCCUUUUCCCAGCUGUUUGCUGAUAUAAUUAGAUUUUUUUUCCUGUCAAGAAAUCUGAAGGUCAACAGAUGCUUAGUAGAAUCUGUCAUUUGGGAUGAUUAAACACCCAGAGAUAGGUCUUUAAAACCCGGUGGUGCACAUUUUGAGGAUCUGUUGUGUUCAUUUCUAUGCUGGUCAGGAAAACAACUGUAUUCUAAAUGCUUGUAAACAGAGACUUGAUUUCUUGCAAGUCUCUGAAGUACCUGUGGAAACUGAGCGUGGGUACUGUCAGAGAGCACAGAUCCCUGUGUUUGAGAUAAUUAAUGAGCAGUGUGGACAUAGAGCCUGUUUAUUAGCAGCUCGUUAGUGACAUACCAGCAGAUGAGCUCUCCCUGUGCCAGCCUCUUCCUAAACUUUUCCCCGUGUGAGUCAUGACAGUCCCACACUUCCCAGAGUGCUCUGGUUUGUGCUGUUACCUGUGUCCUGCAGUCAGAUGGGCGAAGAAGCAGCAACAUCAGUCCUAGGUCAGCAGCACUGUUGGCAUCUUAAUGUUUGUGGUACCCCUGCAAAGAGCUUUGAGCGAAGUGUUUUCUGCAGCUCAGCCCAUCUCUAGCCUUGCUGUUUGGGUCGGGCAGCAGAUGUGCUAAAGGAAAUGGUGGGAUUCUUUAUAGAGGAAUCAAAAUCUUACUAGGCAUGUUGGCUCACUCUUUGGUUUUGCUUUUACUUGUUUUGCUUUUGAAUUUCCUUGGUUAAAGGACAUAUGUAGCAGUAGCGUGUUAAAGACGACUGUGUUUGUUCGUCCCUGCAAGAGCUUUGGUUGUGCUUUCCUAGGAGCUGGGUGAAAAUCUGAUUUGUCCAAUACAUGUCAGUAUUCUGGCUUGUGUUGAAAGUUUAACCUCAGCAGUUUGAAGGGACAGGUUCAACUUUCAGUUUGGUGUGUUUUACACUUACUAUGGGAAUUCAUCUGGGGGGAAAAUCGCUGCAUAAUAUCGAAAAGCUCGCUGAGAUAAGGACAUCUUGUACAAGGAUCCUGUUACUUAAAGGGCACUGAAUGUUCAUAGUACUAAAUAGGAUUUCUAAACAGAUGGUCAUAAUUAACAUAAAAUACAUCCACAGAUAAGAGUCUAUUUAGUGUUCUAGUAAUUAUUUCAAUGGUCUGAUACUUCAGCAUUAAUUAAACCGCAGCACAGCCAACAAUGGAAUUGCAAUAAGGAAUUCCCGAAUUCAAACACAGAGGGGAGAUCUUGGCUUCCUCAGAACAAUUACCUUUUUUCUGUCAUCAGAGAAAAAACAAAUAGAAUGCUGAACACAUAAUUAAAACGUUUCUCUAUUUGCAUUAGUAACAAGCUGCUGGGACAAGCUUGUUCCUAGCCUCGAAGUGACCUGACUGGUCUGUGGGUUGCCCAGAGAGUCACCACGGUGGCACAUCGUGGCCCAGGGUGGGGCUGUGCCACACCGAGGUGGAGCUCUGGGUUUUGAUGAACUCCUUAGGCCUGGCACCUUUUCCAAGAACAUGAGCUGUAUAAGAUGGCAUGGCUCAGAACAGUCUCUGUAAAUCCAUAUCUUCUUUGAAAUACAAGAAAGAAUUUCCUUGGAGAUUUUUCAAGAGACUUAAUAGCAAGCCAACUGAAGGUACUGCUUGCCUUGCACAACUUACCUUGAUUUUGCCCUAAGUCCCUGGGUUUUCCACACAUCAAAGAUUUUCUCACUGCCAGUUCAUGCCCAUGAAGUUGUGUGUAAGGUAGGGAUGUGAAAAGCAAGAUUGAGUACAGCAGUCCCUGCCCUUGAGGAUUCCAAUGGCUUCUUGAGAGAAGAGGGGAAAGUAACACAGGAGGAUCAAAAAAAUAAAAAUUAAUCUCUCGUUCCUUUAGUGUUUCCUUAUGAUUCUUAAUUUAUUGGUCUGUUGCAGAAAGAGAACAUGUGUUUUAAAAAAAGCAAAGGUGGUUUUAGUUUGAUGUCUGAUUAAGUCUGGAUAAGAUCUGCAGAAGGAAGAUGUUUUUCUACUUCAAAUGAAAAUAAGACUUUAACUCCACCAAAAAAAAAAAAACCAACCAAACUUUAAUGCCAUUUAUUGUGAAUAGGUUCAAUUUGUGGUAGUCUGCAUUAAUUUAGUUCAUGAGCCUUUUUUGGUACAAUAGUUAAACUAAUAGAGAUGGGGUUUAUGAGUACUUCAGCAUAAGGAAUUGAUUUUAUUUUGUGUAAUAUUGAAAUUAUGGGCUAUUUAUUUUAAUUAAAAAUCAUUCUUAAUUGCCAGAAAGCAUGUUUUAAAUACUCUGUUAUUCACUUACAGCUGCCAAAACAUAGUACAGUGAAAUAAUGGUCUGCUAGCCUGCUAAAAAAGUGUCCAGCUUCCACAAUGCCUGUGCAGGCAGCUCAGUGGACAGAAUUUCUGUCCUGCCCAAUCUGCUACAACGAGUUUGAUGAGAAUGUGCACAAACCCAUCAGCUUAGGCUGCUCUCACACCGUGUGUAAGACCUGCCUGAACAAGCUCCAUCGCAAGGCAUGUCCUUUCGACCAGACCGCCAUCAACACCGACAUCGACGUGCUUCCUGUCAACUUUGCACUCCUCCAGCUGGUUGGAGCCCAGGUACCUGAUCAUCAGACAGUAAAGUUGAGUAAUGUAGGAGAGAACAAACAUUAUGAAGUAGCAAAGAAAUGUGUUGAGGAUUUGGCACUCUACUUAAAGCCAUUAAGUGGAGGAAAAGGUGUUGCAAGCUUGAACCAGAGUGCCCUGAGCCGUCCAAUGCAGAGGAAACUCGUGACACUGGUGAACUGUCAGCUGGUGGAGGAGGAGGGUCGGGUCAGAGCCAUGAGGGCAGCUCGGUCCCUGGGGGAGAGAACUGUCACAGAACUCAUCCUGCAGCACCAAAAUCCUCAGCAGCUUUCUGCCAAUCUCUGGGCUGCUGUCAGGGCACGAGGGUGCCAGUUUCUAGGACCAGCUAUGCAAGAGGAGGCACUGAAACUUGUCUUACUGGCACUGGAAGAUGGCUCUGCACUCUCAAGAAAAGUUCUGGUACUUUUCGUAGUGCAGAGGCUGGAACCAAGAUUUCCUCAGGCCUCCAAAACGAGCAUUGGUCACGUUGUGCAGCUACUGUAUAGAGCAUCAUGCUUUAAGGUCACUAAAAGGGAUGAAGAUUCUUCUCUGAUGCAGCUGAAGGAGGAGUUCCGGAGUUACGAGGCGCUGAGGAGGGAACACGAUGCCCAGAUCGUUCACAUUGCCAUGGAAGCAGGACUUCGAAUAUCACCAGAACAAUGGUCUUCCCUUCUUUAUGGAGACUUGGCACAUAAAUCACACAUGCAGUCCAUUAUUGACAAGCUCCAAUCUCCAGAAUCUUUUGCAAAGAGUGUACAAGAAUUGACAAUUGUCUUGCAGCGCACGGGGGAUCCUGCAAACUUAAACAGGCUGAGGCCUCAUUUAGAGCUCCUGGCAAACAUAGAUCCAAAUCCAGAUGCAGCCUCUCCAACGUGGGAGCAGCUGGAAAAUGCAAUGGUCGCUGUAAAGACUGUGGUCCAUGGGCUGGUGGAUUUCAUUCAGAAUUACAGCAGAAAAGGCCAUGAAACUCCACAGCCACAACCAAAUAGCAAAUACAAAACGAGUAUGUGCCGAGACCUUCGACAGCAAGGGGGGUGUCCAAGAGGAACAAACUGUACAUUUGCUCAUUCUCAGGAAGAGCUUGAAAAAUACCGCUUGAGGAACAAAAAAAUCAGUGCAACAGUGAGAACAUUCCCCCUUCUCAACAAAGUUGGCGUCAAUAGCACCGUCUCAACCACGACGGGGAACGUCAUCUCUGUCAUAGGAAGCCCAGAAGCAACAGGGAAGAUGGUGCCAAGUACCAAUGGAAUAGCUAAUCUGGAAAGUGGGGUUCCCCAACUGAUCCCUCGCUGUGCAGACACCUCCCUGAGAGCUCUGGAGAACACCAAGAAGGGAGGGAAGACUGGAGCCAAUGGCCAAAAUGCUUCUGGGUCCCCUACAGAGUCGCUCCCUGAAAACAAAAUCGGUUCUCCGCCCAAGACUCCUGUCAGCCAGGCAGCAGCUACCUCAGCUGGUCCUCCCAAUAUCGGAACAGAAGUGAAUUCUGUGCCUCCAAAAUCCAGCCCGUUUGUUCCCAGAGUUCCCGUCUACCCUCCGCAUUCUGAUAACGUUCAAUAUUUCCAAGAUCCCAGGACUCAGCUGUCAUAUGAAGUUCCACAGUACCCACAGACAGGGUAUUAUCCACCACCUCCAACAGUACCAGCUGGUGUGGCUCCUUGUGUUCCUCGCUUUGUGAGGUCCAAUAAUGUUCCAGAGUCCUCCCUCCCACCUGCUUCCGUGCCAUAUGCCGAUCAUUACAGUACAUUUCCCCCUCGAGACCGACUGAAUUCUCCUUACCAACCUCCUCCUCCGCAGCCGUAUGGACCAGUUCCUCCCGUCCCCUCUGGAAUGUACGCUCCAGUUUAUGACAGCAGGCGCAUCUGGCGCCCGCAGAUGUACCCCCGAGAUGAUAUUAUUAGGAGCAAUUCCUUACCUCCCAUGGAUGUGAUGCACUCGUCUGUCUAUCAGACAUCGUUACGGGAGAGGUACAACUCUCUGGAUGGGUAUUACUCUGUGGCUUGUCAACCUCCAAACGAGCAGAGGACUGUGCCUUUACCAAGGGAGCCUUGUGGUCACUUGAAGACUGGUUAUGAUGAGCAGCUGAGGCGGAAGCCGGAGCAGUGGGCACAGUACCACACACAGAAAACUCCUCUGGUAUCGUCAACCCUUCCCAUGGCAACACCAUCUCCAACACCACCUUCUCCUCUCUUCAGUGUAGAUUUCAGCACAGAGUUCUCAGAGAGUGUCAGUGAUUUGAGUGGAACUAAAUUUGAGGAAGACCAUCUCUCUCACUAUUCACCGUGGUCUUGUGGCACUAUUGGCUCUUGUAUAAAUGCUAUCGACUCAGAGCCCAAGGAUGUGAUUGCCAAUUCCAAUGCCGUGUUGAUGGACUUGGACAGUGGGGAUGUUAAAAGGAGAGUGCACUUAUUUGAGACGCAGAGGAGGGCGAAGGAGGAGGAUCCGAUAAUCCCGUUCAGCGACGGGCCCAUCAUCUCCAAGUGGGGUGCAAUCUCCAGGUCAUCCCGCACGGGUUACCACACGACAGAUCCCAUCCAGGCCACUGCUUCCCAAGGAAGUGCUACUAAGCCCAUCAGCGUGUCAGAUUAUGUCCCUUAUGUCAAUGCUGUUGACUCAAGAUGGAGUGCCUAUGGCUCGGAUUCUGCUUCAUCAGCACGUUAUGCAGAACGGGACAGGUUCAUAGUUACAGAUUUGUCUGGUCACAGAAAGCAUUCCAGCACUGGAGAUCUACUGAGUAUUGAAUUACAGCAGGCCAAAAGCAAUUCCUUAUUACUCCAGAGAGAGGCCAACGCCCUGGCCAUGCAGCAGAAGUGGAAUUCUCUAGAUGAAGGCAGUCGUCUUACCUUAAAUCUUUUAAGCAAGGAAAUUGAUUUGAGGAAUGGUGAGUCUGAUUAUACUGAAGACUGUGCAGACACAAAGCCCGAUCGAGACAUUGAAUUGGAGCUGUCAGCCCUUGAUACAGACGAACCUGAUGGGCAAGGUGAACAAAUAGAAGAGAUUCUGGACAUACAGCUGGGGAUUAGCUCCCAAGAUGAUCAGCUGCUCAACGGAACAACUGUAGAGAACGGGCAUCUGCUAAAGCAGCACCAGAAAGAAUCUAUGGAACAGAAGAGACAAAGUUUAGGUGAAGACCUUGUGAUUCUGGAGGAGCAGAAAACAAUCCUGCCCGUAACUUCUUGCUUCAGUCAGCCGAUCACAACAUCUGUUAGCAAUGCAAGCUGCCUGCCCAUCAGCACAUCAGUCAGUGUUGGCAGCCUCAUUUUGAAAACUGCUCACAUUAUGUCUGAGGAUAAAAAUGACUUUUUAAAGCCUGUUGCAAAUGGCAGGAUGGUUAACAGCUGAAAGGCAUUCAUCUUUCCAGCUUGUGACCACACCAUGGAAGCAUUUACACUAGCUUUUUAUAUAUAUAAUAUAUAUUAUAUAAUGUAUAUUUUUUUUAAAAAAAAUAAUAUUGGGGUCAUGCAUUUCCUGUGGACUCUUUGAUACUUCAAGCCCCUCUCGCAUUAGCAUUCUGAAGAAAAAAAAAAACUUACUUUACUAGGGUAAGGCGUUCACUUUCCACAAAUGAAUGGAAUUUGGACAUUGUUUUACUUAAGCUUAAAGCAGCUUUUUAUGAGUUUGUAGCAAUCCGGUGCGGUAUCUGAGCCAUUCUUGUUGAAAAUGGCUUCUGUAGAAAACUAACAACUCAGUUAUUUAAACUAGCAGGAUCCUACGAUGAUACAUCUAGUGAAAGGAAGACUAACUUAUUUGUCUCUGUUUUGUUUCACGAGAGAAGAACUUGUGUCUUGUUGCAGCUGCUUUUUCCUUAGUUGUGGAACUUUGCAUGGAGCAUUGUUUGAAGACUGAGAGGUGGAGAUUUGGACUUGAGGCUUUUGCAGGGUUAACACAGCAUCAGCUUUGCACUGUCGUUGGCAGGUCUGUGGUGCAGUGCUUUGCUGCAGGGUUUGGUUUCCAUUCCUCCCCCCAGUUUCUGCUUUAGUGCUGUAGAUAACACAUACACAGGCUACUUGUCCAAGUAAAGUUAUCAGAAGUAAACCAAGUGCCUAAGUCCUCCAGCUGAUGUAGUAGGUAUUGAUUUCCCCAAGCUACACGUGAAACAAUUUGCAACGAUUUUGAGAGGUUAUGCACUAAUGUAACGGCAAUUUUGGGUUUUUUUCAUAUUUUUUUUCUUUUUUUCAUUAAUAGUUCUCAACUUGGAGAUUAUAGGAUCCAGAUGACUUGGCAAAAAGUAUCAGGUGCUCUUGGCUUUCCUUUGAAAACCCUGUAUCUAGUGUUUGCACUGACUAACAAGAUGGUAUUGCUGUUUUUUGUACUGUUUUGUUUUUAAUUUAAACUAAAUAUUGGGAAUUUAAGGCGGUUGUAAUUACCUUUGUGAAAUGUUGUUAAUCAUAAUUUUGUAUUCAGGUUUAAUUUUUGCUUAUUCAGUGGCAACUUAUUUUCAAAGACCUUGAAAAUACAAUAAGAUAGCAUUAUCUGACCUUCAGAGUACUGAAAACUAUGAAUUUAUGCCCUGGUAAGAGGUGACUGAGAAUCAUGUUAGACAUGUCAACUGAAAAUUGGUUUUCAUAAAUACACGUGAACUAGAGCCCUGGGCAUAUUUUUUUGAGAAGCUUAAAAAUCCAAUUUUUUUUUUUUUUUUUAAAAGCAGGACUCUCCCUCCUGAUGAUUACUGUCUUCUUGUUUGUCCUCUUACUUUUCUUUGUGACAAGUUUUACAUUUUUUUUAUGUUUUUAUUAACUUCUGUGAAGUUGUUUACUCUGAAAAUUGUACUGGAAUAUUUUAAGCCAAGCUGAUCUUUCACCAGGUGUACUGCAUGUAAGGGCUUUUCCUGCUAGCAAAAUGCUUAAAGAGGAUCAUGUUACUGGUCGUCUGAGUUGUUAUUUUACAAAAUCACAGCUAUGUGGUCGGGUAAGAUUUUGAUAACUGUUUUGUGCACGCUUCUGGGGGGUGGGGGUUGGCAUUUCCCUGAGGGUUACUGAUUAGACUAAGUAAAUAUUGGUGUUUGAUAUCUCUCCUAACGAACCUGUCCAUGAAUUAAUUAUGUUGUAAAUAUACCUGCAAAUCCAAGGGUUAGUUUUGAUAUUCUGGUGUCAGUAUGGAAGAUCUUACACAUCUCUUUAGUACUCCAGUGUCGAGGAAUGUAUGUAGAAAAGCAGUCCAGUAGCCUUUUCUUAGUUUCCUUUGGCUGUUGCUGUACCUUCUCCAGCCAGUGCCACCUCAUCGUAGGGUUAGACUGACGCUUCGUUCCACUCGCAACGUGAAGUGAAUGGAUACAAGAACCAGACCACCUUUGCCACCUUAACUUAUUUCCUAUCGAUGUUAACUUUAACUUAGAAUGUUAGACAUAAAUAUGAUUGUUGUAUAUUUUAUACCAAGACCAUUCUGUAAAUAUGAAUUUAUAUUACUUUUGAAAUGCUUCUGAGAUACUAUUAUUUGCUGUACAAUGUAAUUCCAAAACAGAUAUGCAAACAAGUAUGUCUCUUUCAUGGAUAUUUAAACAGUGAGAUCUUCCAUGUUGAAGGUGAUGUAAUUUUUUUAAAAGAUUUUUAAAUUUUAAAUUGCUAUUUUGUUACAAAAAUAGAGAAAAUAUAAAGGUUUGAGAAGUCCUUAUUUGCCCUCAGGGAAAGAGCCCUCUGUGCACCAGAACUCCACAGAACAUCUUCAGCAUGAUCUGAGGGUGAAUAUAUACUACAUAAAUUGAUUGUGUAUUUACCUUUAACUUUUUAAUUUUAAAAUUGCAAUUUUAAAAACUUGGUUGUGCUCUGCUGGAGGGGGUUGGGAUAAGCUGCUUACACACAUUUGCCUGUUUGUCCAGUGAAAUGACAUAAGCCUGACAUAUUCCUGCCAACUUUUUGGCACAUUUAAGAUCAAAUGUAUCUCUAGACUCUUGUCUGCAGCAGGAGGUCCCGUGAUAGAGCAGUUCUCUAGGGUGACCAUACACUUCAGGUGGAAAGUUGGUUCUGAACUGAGGCUGGGGUUUUUUAGUUGAGUUUUUAACCUGUAGAAGGACAGGCAAAAGAAUUAUUAGGGGGUUUAACAGCAUGCCAGCUUUGUCUUAAGGUUUUAACGGUGACUGUGUGGUUUUUGCCAUGGAACUGAUGCCCUCCAGUGCCCUGACGGGGAGAAGAAGCCACGGGUGGGAACACCUGGCUCUGGCUUCCUUCUUUGUUGCAGUUUCAGCCCUUGACCCUUUACAAACAAGUAUGUAUUCAUGUUGUUAGUUGUAAAUCAGGUGCCUUUGGGCUAUGGAAGGGCUUAUUUUCUGACACUGAGAUAGAGUGACUUACCUGUGUGUGUUAAUAGCAGUGAUGCCCAUUUAGGUUUUGGCCUGACUUUUACCUGUGCUGUCAGAAAAGAAGGCCCGUAGCAGAUCGGGGAGAGAGAUUGGCUCUUUUGCUUUGCUUGGACAAGCAUUUUGGGUUGGUUUGGUUUGGUUUAAUUUUUUUUUUUUCCCCAUUAGGGGUACAGCAGGGAUUUCACAUGCAAGAGAGACAGGAAUUAUUAGUAUCUAAGUUAAUUGUGUUGCCUCACUACCUGGAUUCAUUCCUUGGUUUGCCUCAUUUCCCACAUAGGUCUUAAUAGAGACUAAUGCUUGUGCUGGGAGAAUGCUUGUGUGAGAAAGUGAUUAUCUGUACAUUCUUAACAUAUUCUUAUAGCAGAGUGAUUGCCCUGCUACUGAUAUUUUGUUCCUGUAAACAGGUGACAAGAAAUGAAUCUUAGUGUUUAUGCAGAUUUUGCAUUGUAGAAUGUAUACUAGACCCUUCAAAGGCAAGGUUAGACUCUUUGCAAAGCAAACUGGCGUUGGUUCUUGGUAGUCUAGUACAGGGACACUGAAGUUUGGCAUUUGAUUUAGGAAAAAAGAAGUUGUACACAGCUGAUUAUGUUAAAUAAGCUCUUAAUUAAGCUCUCUGUAGAAGUCUAAUUUGGAAGGUUUUAGUGCUUUGAUAACUCAAUUGAAAUUUUAAUUUCUCCUGUACUCAAGAGCUGAAUGCUGUUCUUGUAUAUUAGUGUACUAGGCUGGAUGAGGUACAAAAUAAUGCACAGUGGUCAGAAACAGCUGAGGAAAGAACGCUUCAAAUAACUCAAUCUAAACUCAGAGUAGUUCCAGACAUCGGUUUUGUUUGCUUUUUUAAAGCACAAGUUGUCAAGUUGUACCUGUUGCUGUACAUAAACACUGUAUGCCAGCAGCUCCUUGAUCAUAUUUGUGAACAGACUUUUCAUUCAUUAUUAGACUGUUAUUAAAGGAAGGUGUUGAAUUUGAGAGUGUAACAAAAUGAGAAAUGAUCAGAUGAUCUGUAGGAUGUAAAAGUCCAUUUUUAUGUUGUAGUUUAAUCCCUUUAUUAGGAAGUUCCCUCUCACUGAGGGACCUCUUCUGCAAGCAGAACCCAAUAAAUGUGCUUUUUUAAAUGACCCGAUUUCCCGGUAUAAAUGAACAGCUGACUUUGGCAGUAAAUCAUCCCCGUGCAUCUCUUUGCUGGCAAGGGAGCAGGACAAGGGGAAAGAAAACACCCAAAACCGUCAGUGAUGAGAUGAAACAAAUCUGCAUAAUCAAAGUGCCCAAUGCCCAAACGUAAUCCUACACCCCGUUAUUUACGGAUGCUUGUGGAAGCUUUUAAUCACUCGAGACUUUGCUGUAAAAGCUGAACUAAAGCAGAGCCUGGCUGCGUUUCUUACUGCCAAAAGCCAAGGUCAUUUGCACAUAGCCCCUGGAUUUCUCCAGAGUAGAUCUCCGUUACCCAAGGCAUGGGAAUGCAUGCGUUUUCUUAGCUGGGCAAACAAGUACAUUAUACAGUAGUUGUGAUACAACACACGUGGCUUUGAUUUGUACUGCACAUACCCACUGUACAGCCACUCCAGAGUAUUGUGGUUAGCUUGCAGCAUCUGCUGUCGCAUUGAUACUGUUUACUGCGUAUUCUUUUCCCUGGAAGUUUUAAAGAAAAUUUUUUUUUUCUUGUUGCAUUGAUUACAUUUUAUAAAUUUGCUUAGCUGGAAAGUUUGGGAAAAGAGGCCUGUUUGUCAAUUGUACAACCGAUUGUGAAGCUCUAGUGUGAAUAUUUUUACGUCUGUAUUAGACAUUUUCUUUGCAAAUCUAUUGUUCGAUUGAAAUGUAAAUGAAAUAAAAGAUGGUGUACACCCAUCAUGUAUAAAGCAGGCACCAUCGCUACGAUGGAUUUAAUGCUCAUUUUUAUGGCGCAUUCUCAGCUUCUAUUUAAAACUAUAAUUUAAAGAAAAAAAAAAUCUGUAAAAUGAAAUGGGGAUAUAUGGGGGAGUAAAUUCUAUUCCGUUUAUUUCGGUUUUGAUUCCCACUGGUAAUGUUUCCCUUCGUGUUAGAGUAGGGGAGCCCCGGCGGGGCCCGUGUGUCGCUGUAGCACUGACGUGCAGAGGUUGUAGCUUUGGCUGGGCACGGAUAGAGCAUCCCGGUUCGGUGUUUGAGAGACUCGAUGGAAGAAGUUUGCAGUAUUGACAUGUAUUUGCAUGCACGAAUAAAAAUUAUUUGUCCACCUUAA